UCCGUCCUUAGCGUAGCCAUCGGGACAGAGGUUGCAGCGAAGCUCGAUCAUCACGCGAGAUCCUCGUGCCGCCAAUCGUGCUGAUUUCCUCGCGACGGACACUGCUGGCCCCGUGUUCGGUCCCCGAUCGUCGCGCCGCUCCCCUUCGCCCACCUCCGUCUCUUGCCCCCCUCGGGCUGCGGCCCGCACGACUGGGUGUCAGUCGUACACGGGACACGGCGAGCUCGAGAACAUCGCGCCACCACCGUCAACGGUAGCACCAUGGCGUGCGCUACACUCAAGAGGUCCUUGGAGUUCGAUCCGGUACACAGCCACGGUCGACCUAGCAAACGACGGAGGUGCAUGCCCAUGUGCGCCUCGCCCGGCGCAUCCGCGUCCUCGCCGCGCGGCGGCCCGCUGCCGCAGAAAUCAUCACCGUUCGGCGAAAUAGCCAGCAAAUUGACGCCUGAAAAAAUGGCUGCCAACAUCAGAGAAGAAAUUCGCAGAUUGCAACGCCGUAAGCAAUUGCACUUUCAUCCCCAGGCUGGCAACGGUGAUUCGUCGGACAUGGAGAGUCCUUCCAGCCCAUCCAGUCCAUCUGCCUCUUCUUCAACUCCUUUUAGUCAUAGCUCUAGUGGAAAAGAAAAGCCUCUUUUCACAUUUAGACAGGUUGGCUUGAUCUGCGAGCGAAUGCUCAAGGAGCAAGAAACGCAAAUUCGAGAAGAGUACGAUCAGAUCUUACAUCUAAAGCUUUCUGAACAGUACGAUGCUUUCGUCAAAUUCACAUAUGAUCAGAUACAAAAGAGAUUUGAGUCUGCGGCUGCACCGAGCUAUCUAUCAUAAGAAAGGAUUCUUAUUUAUAAGGAGGCAUUACUGUGAAGAACAUUGGAUUUCUACUGUGUGACAAAUUUUGCUUGCGCCGAGGUCCACAGCGCUACCUCGUUUCGAAAAUUAUCUGUAACGGAAUUAACGAACCAUGUGUUUUCGAUGUGGUUUCUCGGUAGUUUCGGUAAAAAGGACUAAGAGAACAAACGAAGAAGGCAAAGUAAUGAUUAGUGAUGUAAGUUUAUAGCAAAGAAGAUGAGAGAGAGAGGAAAUCGCAAUGAACUGCAAACGUACUACGAAAAUUUAUCAUGUAUUCCUUCGAGACUAACAAUAUUUGUACUGUUUGACAUUAGAAGUGCGCUGGUAUCAGGGAACUGAUUCUACUUAUGUACAAAUGUUAUUACGGUUAAAAGUAUAUGUGUACACAGUGCAAAAAUUAUAUAAUACGAGGCUUGGUAUCCAGCUGAGAGAGCUGAGAGAUUUUUGUCAUUUCGGACACUGUAGAACGCGGACAGAAAAUUUUGAUGACUUCGCGCAUGUUUCAGGCAGAACAUUGUGUACCGGUAUUACGUAUCCUAAUUUUUUUUUUUCGUUCGUUCGCCUUGAUGUUGCGACAGUUUAGAUAUUGCUCAAACAUAUACGGCAGUGCUCUAAAUACAUUAGCGCAAAUAUGUGUAACAUGCAUUUUGCGAAUUUUUGAGGUAGGAGAUACCGUGUAUGGAAUGUACAUGGUUAAAGAUUGCCUUUCUCGAGCUCUAACUGCUCCACAAAGAAUAAAAUGACAGAAUCGAAUGUAUGAUUGUAUAAAUUGAAGGGUUCUACAAAUUAUUUAUGAACUAGAAUCCAACAAGAUAUAUAUAUAUAUUUAGUGGAAUUAUUAGUGGACUUGUUGAAUUAAUAUUAAAAUUGUUUUUGACUGAUUUGGCAAGUUGCAAUGAAUUCACGUAAAAUUUUAAGAUCUACUUAGCCAAGAAGUGUAUUUGCCAUCUUUCAUAAAUAUUUAUCGUAAAAUUAUUUUUUCGUCACAAAAUUAUUCUUAUUGGCAGUCAUUUGUUUUCAUUCUUGAUCUUGGAAAUUCUUGUAAAACGAAGACGAUCUCAUUUACUAUGUAAACGUUAAAAGACAGCUGUAAAAGUGUGUCGGGGGGGGGGGGUAAUAGUGUAGAUUAUAGUACGUAUUGUACGGAGGCAUUGUGAGAAGUAUAAGUAUUUGGAAUAAAUAUUUCAUAAAAUCUCGUUAGCAUUUCUGUUCCCUGGUAGCAACGAAUUUCUGUAGUUGUAAUAAAAAGUGCUGAGUAAUGAAUACACAAUUAUAUACCAUACUCUUUAACUGUGCCUAUUAUUAGACAAGUUUAUCAUGAUUACUACUAGUUAUUAUUAUUUACUGUUAUUGUCGUCGUAAAAAAAUUAUUUUCUAGUUUGUAGCGGUUCUUAUUACGUUGUAAUAAUAUAUUCUUCGCGCAAUGUUUUUUUCCUUUUUUUUACUCGAGUAAGAAAUGACACUCUUGCGAGUAAGAAGAGGUGGUCUCGAUGGCUGCGUGCAGUUCUCAACAAAUGUGUGAAAAUUUUUAAGUUCGCCGAGAAUUAAGAGGCAUUUAGAAGAGCAUCAGAAGAAAAAUAUGUGUUAAAAAGUUCUCAAGUAAGAAAGCACAAUGUAAAAUAAUCUUCGAUCAACUAUGCCUACGAUCAUGAUCGAGGAAAUGAUAUCUCGUACGAAUUCGAGGGGCAUUCAAAUUCAACUACUGCCUUUUUUAUAUUGCGCAAAAGAAAAUAAAGAAAGUGUCUCUCAGUUACCACGAUAUUUUUGGGUGUAUUAUGCGCCGAUGGUGUUCAUACUCGACGCAUAAAAGAAUAUACGUACGCACAUUACGUGUGUGUGUGUGUGUGUGUGUGUGUGUGUGUGUGUGUGUGUAUGCGCGCGUGCGUGUGCGUGUCUAUCACUAAUGAACAUGAAAAUGUGGGAAGAAAUAACAAAGAAAUAUACGCGGGUUUAAUUGUUAGUGCUAAGUAUAAUACCUACUUGGUACUCGCGUUAGAGAUAUCGUUUACCAUUUAAAAGGAAUGGUGGAAAUACACUAGCGAUCGCUUGAAAAUUCAGGGGAUUUCAUUUUGACUAAAAGGAAUACCUCCGUAUUAUAUCGUGUAAGCAUCUAUUAUCGAAAUAAAGAUAAAUUUAAGACU